CCUCACUCUUUCGCUCGCCGCGGCUGCUGCCAGUGUGUGGCUCUGUCUCUCCUCCGCUUUGCUGAGCCCUCCCUUCUUCCUCUCAGUUCCUAGAGUCCGACCGCCGUCGCCGCCGAGAGAGGAGAAGGAGGGGGAGUGGCCACAACAGGUCUUAUCUGGUGGUGAGUGGCUGUCAUGAUCUCUACGGCACCGCUCUACAGCGGCGUGCACGACUGGACCAAUUCUGACCGGAUUCGCAUGUGUGGCAUCAACGAGGAGAGAAGAGCACCUCUUUCUGAUGAGGAGUCCACGACAGGUGACUGCCAGCACUUUGGAUCUCAGGAAUUUUGUGUCAGCAGCAGUUUUUCCAAGGUGGAGCUCACAGCAGUUGGAAGUGGCAGCAAUGCCCGGGGGGCAGACCCAGAUGGCAAUGCGACAGAAAAACUUGGGCACAAAUCAGAAGAGCGGUGUGAUGAGCUCCAGCCGAAAAUGGACUAUGCGGGAAACACAACCGAGGCCGAGGGCCUCUUGGCACCACUGAGCAGCAUAGGGGACGGCCUCAAACUGCCCCCGGGUGAGAGUGCCGAGGCUGGCGAGAACAGGGCCAACUGCUCCUGGACUGCCCUCAGCCCCUCAAUGAGCAAGCAGACGGAGUGCUCCCCAGCACCGGCUGGGGCAAAGGCUUUGGACUCUCGCCAUACUGUCGGGGAAAAGAGUACCUUCAUUUUGGCAACUCUGGGAACUGGAGUCCCCGUGGAGGGGAGCCUGCCUCUGGUUACCACUAACUUUACUUCGCUGCCUGCUCCCAUUUGUCCCCCUGCUCCUGGUGCAGCCUCUGUUCCCCCGUCAGUUCCAGAUUCAUUCCAGGUUCCCCUCUCUGUCCCCGCUUCUGUGCCCCAUUCUGGGCUCGUUCCAGUCCAAGUUGCCACUUCAGUCCCAGCUCCUUCUCCCCCCUUAGCACCAGUCCCGGCCCUUGCUUCGGCACCCCCCUCCGUGCCCACACUCAUCUCUGACUCGAACCCUCUCUCCGUUUCAGCAUCCGUCUUGGUGCCUGUGCCAGCUUCUGCACCCCCAUCAGGCUCUAUUCCCUUGUCAGCUGCCGCUGCUCCUGCCCUCUCAGUCCCGGUCUCAGCACCGCCCUUGGCUCUAAUCCAGGCUCCCGUGCCCCCUUCAGCUCCUACAUUAGUCCUCACUCCUGUCCCCACUCCGGUUCUGGCUCCCAUGCCGGCAUCCACCCCUCCUGCCGCUCCUGCCCCUCCAUCCGUGCCCAUGCCUACUCCGUCCCCAUCCUCUGGCCCAUCUUCCACUCCCACCCUCAUCCCCGCCUUUGCUCCAACGCCUGUGCCUGCACCCACCCCAGCCCCCAUCUUCACUCCAGCCCCCACGCCCAUGCCGGCUGCUACACCAACUGCCGUUCCCACCUCGGCACCCAUCCCGGCCUCUUUCAGUUUGAGCCGGGUAUGUUUUCCUGCAGCUCAGGCACCAGCUAUGCAAAAAGUUCCCUUGUCCUUUCAGCCAGGGACAGUGCUGACCCCAAACCAGCCACUGGUAUAUAUUCCACCUCCGAGCUGUGGGCAGCCACUCAGUGUAGCCACACUGCCAACCACCCUGGGCGUCUCUUCCACUCUGACGCUCCCUGUCCUGCCAUCCUACCUGCAGGACAGAUGUCUUCCAGGCGUGCUGGCUUCCCCAGAGCUCCGCUGUUACCCAUAUGCAUUUUCAGUGGCCCGGCCUCUGACUUCCGAUUCCAAGCUGGUCUCUCUGGAGGUGAACAGGCUUCCCUGCACCUCCCCAUCCAGCAGUAUCGCCACCCAGACCACGCCCGAAGGGGUCCCUGGGCCUUUGGCAGAUACCUCCCUCACCACCACUUCUGCCAAGGUGCUUCCAACCUCUCAGCCUUUGCUGCCGCCCCCCAGUGGGAGCUCGGCUCCACUGCAUCCCACCAAGUUGCCGGGCGGUGCUGAGCAGCAAACCGAAGGGACUUCCGUUACUUUCUCUCCCCUCAAGUCACCGCCACAGCUGGAACGAGAGAUGGCCUCUCCAUCGGAGUGUAGCGAGAUGCCCCUCGACCUCUCCUCCAAGUCCAACCGCCAGAAACUUCCAUUGCCGAACCAGCGCAAGACGCCCCCCAUGCCCGUCUUGACCCCAGUGCACACCAGCAGCAAGGCCCUCCUCUCCACGGUCCUCUCUAGGUCUCAGCGUACAACCCAGGCUGCCGGCAGCAAUGUCACCUCCUGCCUGGGCUCUACUUCCUCACCCUUUGUCAUAUUCCCUGAGAUUGUGAGGAAUGGAGACCCGAGCACCUGGGUGAAAAACUCCACCGCGCUGAUCAGCACCAUUCCUGGCACAUACGUGGGAGUGGCCAAUCCAGUGCCUGCCUCUCUGCUGCUGAAUAAAGAUCCCAACCUGGGCCUCACCCGAGACCCCCGCCAUCUCCCCAAGCAAGAGCCCAUCUCCAUUAUCGAUCAAGGAGAACCCAAGAGCACCGGCACCAUGUGUAGCAAGAAGGGUGGCCAGGCUGGUGCUGAGGGACAGCCAAGCACAGUCAAAACUCGUUUCACCCCAGCCCGCAUUGCCCCUGGACUGCCAGCAUGCCAAACCAAGGAGCUGUCCUUGUGGAAGCCGUCGGCGCCAGCCAAUAUUUACCCACGGUGUUCAGUCAAUGGGAAACCCACCAGCACCCAGGUCCUGCCUGUUGGCUGGUCACCGUACCACCAAGCGUCUCUGCUUUCCAUUGGCAUCUCCAGUGCCGGGCAGCUGGCUCCCAGUCAGGGGGUGCCCAUCAGGCCCACCAGCGUCGUUUCUGAGUUCUCCGGCAUGCCAGCUGUUGGCUCUGGUGAAGCCGUGCACGGACUGCCUGAGGGGCAGCCACGGCCCGGGGGCCAUUUUGCUUCAGAGCAGGACACAGUCACAAAGAACAAAACUUGCCGGAUCGCUGCCAAGCCUUACGAAGAACAAGUUAGCCCCAUGCUGCUAACUCUGAGCCCGCAGACAGGCACCCUGGCGCUGUCUGUGCAGCCUAGCAGCGGGGACAUUAGAGGGACUCAGGGGCCUGAGGAAUCCGAGAGCCACCUCGGCCCUGACAGCACCCCUAAGCUGGAAGGCUCCCAGGGUGCUUGUGGCUUAAAGCUGGCAGGAGAUGCGAAGCCCAAGAACCAGGUGCUAGCCGCCUACAUGUCCCACGAGCUGGUCCUGGCCAGCCCUCCAAGCCUACGCAACCCGCCUGAGCUGCCUUUGCUACCUCAUGACAGCCACUCCCAGGAGCUCAUCUUGGACGUGGUUCCGAGCAGCAAGAGGGGCUCCAGCACGGAGCUUUCACAGCUUGGAAGCCAGGUGGAUCUGGGGCGGGUGAAAACUGAGAAGGUGGAUGGUGAUGUGGUCUUUAAUUUAGCUACCUGCUUCCGGGCUGAUGGCCUCCCAGCCGCUGCCCAAAGGAACCAAGCAGAAGUGAGGCCAAAGGGUGGGCAGGCACGAGUGAAACGGGAAAAUGUUGGGGUCCUUACUUGCAAGAACCAGUGGCAGCCAGAUGACAUGAUGGAACCCGUGCCUCCCAAGAAGAAAUGUGGCAAAGAGAAAGAAGGCGAAGAGCACCAGCAGCCACAGGCUAAGCCUGUAGUCCGGAGUUCCAUGGGGCCCAAGUGCCGGAAGCCACCUAGUGACCCCCCGGAACCCACGAAGAAAAGCCCCAGGGGAUCCUCCGAGUCAGGAAAAGAGCACAGUGCAGUCAGGGGAAAGCACAAGCAGCGGAAACCAGCAAAGCCAGAAGCCCAGUCUCCAGGGAAACGAGCUGACUGCCCUGAGGAAGGUUCCAUGGAGAAGAAAGCAAAGAGCAGUUUUCGGGACUUCAUCCCUGUAGUUCUGAGUACCCGCACGCGCAGUCAGUCUGGAAGCAUCUGCAGCUCCUUUGCUGGUAUGGCAGACAGUGACCUGGGAAGCCAGGAAGUUUUCCCCACCGAAGAGGAAGAGGAGGUGGCCCCUACCCCAGCUAAGCGGCGAAAGGUGAGAAAGACCCAGCGGGACACCCAGUACCGUAGCCAUCAUGCCCAGGACAAGACCUUGCUGAGCCAGGGACGAAGACACCUGUGGCGAGCCCGAGAGAUGCCUUGGAGGACAGAGGCUGCCCGGCAGAUGUGGGACACCAAUGAAGAAGAGGAGGAAGAGGAGGAGGAGGGCCUGGUGAAGAGGAAGAAGCGGAGACGGCAGAAGAACCGGAAAUAUCAGAGUGGGGAGUACCUUACUGAGCAAGAAGAAGAGCAACAGCGGAAGGGGAGAGCAGAUUUAAAGGCCCGUAAGCAGAAGACUUCCUCCCAAAGUUCAGAGCACUGUCUCAGGAACAGGAACCUUCUCUUACCCACCAAAACCCAGGGGAUCUCGGAUUCACCAAAUGGCUUCCUCACAAAUAAUUUGGAGGAGCCAGCCUGCCUUGAAAAUUCCGAAAAGCCAUCAGGAAAACGGAAGUGCAAAACCAAGCACAUGGCAAACGUCUCUGAAGAGACAAAGAGCAAAGGUCGUUGGAGCCAGCAGAAGACACGCUCGCCCAAGUCUCCCACCUCAGCGAAAGCCACGGAACCAUGCACACCCUCUAAGUCCCGAAGUGCCGGCCCGGAGGAGGCCACGGAAUCCCCCACAAUCCGGCAGAUUCCCCCGGAGGCACGGCGGCUCAUUGUGAACAAAAACGCUGGUGAGACCCUCCUGCAGCGGGCAGCCCGUCUUGGCUAUAAGGACGUGGUCAUGUACUGCCUGCAGAAGGACAGUGAGGAUGUGAACCACCGCGACAAUGCUGGCUACACAGCCCUGCAUGAGGCCUGCUCACGUGGCUGGACUGACAUUCUGAAUAUUCUCUUGGAACAUGGUGCCAACGUGAACUGCAGCGCCCAGGAUGGCACGAGGCCAGUUCAUGACGCAGUGGUCAAUGACAACCUGGAGACCAUCUGGCUUCUGCUGUCCUACGGGGCUGAUCCCACGCUGGCCACCUACUCGGGGCAGACGGCCAUGAAGCUGGCCAGCAGCGACACCAUGAAGCGCUUCCUCAGUGAUCACCUCUCAGACCUUCAGGGCCGGGCAGAGGGUGAUCCGGGCGUGUCCUGGGAUUUCUACAGCAGCUCUGUGUUGGAGAAAAAAGAUGGGUUUGCCUGUGACCUCCUGCGGAACCCUCCUGGCAAUGCCGAGCAAGAAGGAAACGAUGGCGAGGAGGACGAUUUCAUGUUCGAACUCUCAGACAAGCCUCUUCUCCCUUGCUACAACCUCCAAGUAUCAGUCUCCCGUGGGCCCUGCAACUGGUUCCUCUUCAGCGACGUCCUGAAGAGUCUGAAGCUGUCCUCCCGGAUCUUUCAAGCCCGCUUCCCGCACUUUGAAAUCACCACCUUGCCCAAAGCUGAGUUCUUCCGGCAGGUGGCCUCCAGUCAGCUGCUGAGCCCAGCCGAGAGGCCUGCGGGCAUGGACGACAGCUCCCCACCCGGCGCCUCGGAGACUGUGGAGCUGGUGCGCUAUGAGCCGGAGCUGCUCAGGCUCCUGGGCUCUGAGGUGGAGUUCCAGUCUUGGAGCAGUUGACCAGGGAAACAGCCCCCUACGGCAGUCCUUCUCUUCUUUCUCCUCCCAAGUUUGCCCUUCCCCCCCACCCCCAGCUUCACCUCCCAUGUCUCCUCUCUCCCCUGCCCCCCUCCACCGAGCACCAGACUGCAGAAUGAGGCAAUAAUACGGACCAACAAGAAGCCGCCUUAUUAAUGCCAGCAUUAGUGACUGGAUUUGUUUGUUUGUUUUGGUUACAAUUAGUUCUCAUCUCCCUGUCCUUGUUGUUGCAGUUGGUGAUGGGGGGAUGGGAAGUUGAAGUUCACGUCUGAGGCCGGUGGGAGGUCCCCCAGUGGUGGUGGGAGGUGGCCACCACCAGGGUCCAGAGGUUCUCUGGACAGGCCUUUUCACAUGACACCUGACACCACAGCGGGUGAGAAAGGAGAAAAAGCCUGAAUCUCUGAGCAGGGGUGGGAAGGGCCCCGCCCCCCAUCCCCCUGUGUUCUCCUGUCUGCCAUAGUAUUUAUUUUAUUAGUAUUUAAUUUGUAUUGUUUCAUUGGUUUCUGAUAAGUCUGUAUCACUGUGACAAUUUGAGACAACUCGUUUUGUUGAGGGAUAU